AUCCAUGUGGUCAGCACACCAAUCUGGUCGCCACAUGCACAUUCAAUAUUCGCAGAUUCAGUGACUUUGCUUGCACUUGUGUACGUGUACAGAAUGGCAACUUUUAUGGAUAAAGGUGCCCUCCAAGACCGAAUUAAGGUCCAGGGAGAGCUGGUAAGGCAAAUGAAGAAAGAAAUCAAACCCAAAGAAGAGAUUCAAGCAGAGGUUUCAAAGCUUUUGGAAUUGAAGAAGCAACUCGGAAGUGAUGCAGACGGUGCUAGUGGAAAGUUUGUCCUCAAAUGUCCAAAGGGCACUCGAGACUACGACCCAUUCCAGAUGGCUAUUCGUGAAGGAGUGUUUGACGUUAUCAAGAGGUGCUUUAAGCGUCAUGGAGCUGUGUCUAUCAGCACUCCAGUUUUUGAGCUGAAGGAGACGUUGACGGGAAAGUAUGGGGAAGACUCCAAGCUUAUCUAUGAUGUGGCUGAUCAAGGAGGAGAGCUCCUCUCGCUGAGAUAUGACCUCACUGUUCCAUUCGCCCGCUAUGUAGCUAUGAACAAAAUUAAGCAAAUCAAGAGGUACCACAUUGAUCGUGUGUAUAGGCGAGAUCAGCCAAGAAUGACACUGGGCAGAUAUAGAGAAUUCUAUCAGUGUGAUUUCGACAUUGCUGGGGAUUAUGAUCUCAUGAUAGCAGAUGCAGAGUGUGUGAGAGUUAUCUCUGAAAUUCUCUCUGAGCUACAGCUAGGAAAUUUUCUAGUAAAGGUUAACCAUCGAAAAGUCCUUGAUGGAAUGUUCGAAGCUUGUGGUGUCCCUAAGGAAAAGUUCAGGACCAUUUGUUCAGCAGUUGAUAAACUAGAUAAGACACCUUGGGAGGAAGUGCGCAAGGAGAUGGUUGACGAGAAGGGGCUUGCCCCUGAGGCUGCUGACAAAAUUGAAGGCUAUGUGAAGUUGUCUGGAGGGAAAAAACUGUUGGAUAUGCUGCUGGCUGACCAAGCCCUUAUAGCUGUCAAGGAUGCUGCCACUGGACUAGAUGAGAUGAAGCUCCUGUUAGACUACUGUGAGCUGUUUGGAGUCCUUGAUAAUGUUAGUGGAUCAGAGCACUGCCUCAGCUGUAUUUUUGAGGUUUCUUUUGACCUCAGUCUGGCUCGAGGGUUGGACUACUACACUGGAGUGAUAUUUGAGGCAAUUCUUACAGGGGGUAACUCGGGAGAUACCAAAAGUGAAGUACCAGCAGUGGGCUCGUGUGCAGGUGGUGGUCGCUAUGACGGGUUGGUGGGGAUGUUUGAUGCUAAGGGCAAACAAGUACCCUGUGUAGGAUUGAGCAUUGGUAUUGAGAGGGUAUUUUCCAUCCUGGAGGCCAGGGCAAAAGGAGUGGGAGGAAAGAGUGUGCGUACGGUUGAAACACAGGUCUUUGUAGCAUCUGCUCAGAAGAACUUGGUGGAAGAGAGGAUGAGAGUUUGCAGACAAUUAUGGGAUGCUGGAUUGAAGUGUGAGAUGAUGUACAAGAAGAACCCUAAGCUGCUGAAUCAGUUCCAGUACUGUGAAAAAGAAUUAGUCCCUCUCAUUGUGAUAGUAGGUGAAGACGAAAGAGCAAGGGGAGGCGUCAAAAUCAGGGACUCUGUGACCAGGGCUGAGGAGUUUGUGUUGUACCCUGAUCUCGUAGGGGAAGUGCAGAAACGACUGUGAACAUUUUCUAUUAUCUAAAGCUGUAAUUGAAUCACAUUGACUGAUAAAGCAACAAUUUGUGGGUUUGGAUUAUUUUUAUGCUGCAGAAAUCUGUUCCUGAACUUCCUGGAGCAUAUCUAGAGAAUACAUAAUUAUGUAGUGUCUAGUCAUGCUCAUUGUGAAUGUUCAUCACAAACGGACCUGCAGAAAUUAAUUAUACAG